AUGGUAGAGCGGUUCACGCUCGCCAAGAGUUUCUGGCUCCGACGGGAUCGAGGGUUCUCCGCCAAGGCCAUGUGGAACUUGAUGAUAGCUGCGUAUCUGUUCAAGUCAGACCGCGAUCUGUUUUACUACAGCAAUCUUUUGGCCGCAAAGAAGAACUCCUCCCUUGUCAGAUACGCCUCCAAGACGUCCUGUUGGGUUACUGGGCUGAAGCUAUGCCUGGCAAUAGAGGAGCUCCGAAACCGUGGACCCGAAUCAGCCACAAGGGGAGAUGGAGCACAGUCCUCGCAGCAGAUCAUCCCAGAUGGCGAUGUCAUCCUCGUCGUCGGCCUAAAGAAAAGCAAGAUCCAGCUCUCUUCCCACCUCCUCCGCACCACUUCGCCCGUCUUUGCUGCCAUGCUCGGCCCCAGCUUCAAAGAGGGAACCCUCCUUCGAGAGAGUCAGGGUCCCACCGAAAUUGUCCUUCCGGAAGACAACGCCGAAGCACUCUGGAAUAUUUAUAGCACCCUCUACGGGGCUCAUCCUCGCGUGAAUCAUCUGAAGCCGGCCGAGUUGUACAACAUAUCAAUCGUAGCCCACAAGUACGAUCUGGUAAGCCGGCUUUCGCCAAUCUGCGAGUUGUGGUUCGAAGAUACGAACGAAGAGCUCUUUAGCUCAGUUAAGACGGCCUGGAAGAUGAUGAUGGCAGCAUAUUGGCUUGAUAAUGAGUUCGGGUUUGGCAACCUAAGCCAGACAUUGAUCAAGGCGAAAGUAGAGUCAUUCUACAGGCACGGGAUGGAAACGUCAGACCAGGUCCUCGGGCUUAAGAUCUGCUGUAAGUGA